UCUGCGCUCCUCUUUGCCUUGAACGUCCUACCAUCUAAGGAGACCACUAUGGAAACAGCACCUGGCCCUUCUGGAGAGCGGGCCAAGAAACUUAUGGUGGACGUCAAACAGCUCUGCCACGUUGACGACUUUGAAGAUGACCAGCGAGCGUAUGGGGACGUCCCAUCACCGAAGCGCCCCAAGCAGGCGGCAUCAUUUACAGCCAUGGAGUGCGAGCACGAAAGUGAGGACGAGGACUUGGCCGAUGAGGAAGACUUGGACGAUGAGGAAGAUGAAGACGUCGAUAACGAUGACGACGAUGACGACGAUGACGAUGAUGACGAUGACUCAGCCGACCUGGAGAUCUUGGAUGAAGAGGAAGAAGACCAACUGUACUACGAGGAGGAGGAAAACUCAGACGAGGCCACAGCAGGGAGCGGCAGGCGAGGCCAGCCGGGCAGCAGGCGCCACACCGAUGAUGCCGAAGAUCUCAAUCUUGAAGAUUACGUGCCAGACUAUUGCAUCGACAGCCAUGAGAAGCGCGACAGCUGCAGCCUUGCCAUUACGAUGACUCACACGGCACGCUCCGUUGACAUCACCGAGCUUUCGGGGGACAUCGUCAAGCUCGUCUUCAAGGGGAAGAAGGCCUUCGUGCGCUAUGUCGACCCCGAGACAGCAGCGGCGAACCUGAAAAUCAUCGAGAAGGCCGUUGGCAAGGGCAAAGUACUUCGAGUCGAAAAAUGCACCACACGUAAGCAGAAUACCAUCGGGAACAUGCUGGACCUGUUCCGGCUGCCCGCAAACUGCACCGUGGCCCGUCUCAAGCAGCAGUUCCCUGGAUCACGAGUGCACGUCCUCAAACAUGGAUUCGCAAGACUGGGUUUUGCUUCCACAGAGGAUCUCAAGAGAGCUCUGCAACCGGUCGGAUGUCACAUCAUUGAUGGCCAUGACAUCCGCUUGAGCCUUGUGAAGAAACUUCAAAAAGAAGACGACAGUCACUACUAUGGAGGAGGCCGGCAGUCCCGGGACAGCCGCGGAGACAGCGAUUCUUCCAGCCGCGGUGGUCGAAACUGGAAGCGAAACAGCUGGCCUCUGGGAGAACGGGCCUACUGGCGCGGCGGCGGCCGGGGCUGUGGCCGAGGCGCUGGAUACAGCCGAAUGGGCAACCGCUCCUUCGACUGGGACGGUCGCGGGGACUGGAGCGAGGUCGAUGACUGGGACAGCCGAGCCUGGAGCGGCGGUAGCCGGUUCUUCUGGAACAGCGAGGGCGGAGGCCGCCGUGGAAGGCGAGGAGGCCGGCGAGGCUCCUGGAGCCGCCCUUGAGGCCACCUGGCUGCCCGGCGUCGAGUACAGCCUUUUUUUUUUAAUUGGCUGCCCAGCAUCCAGUCCAGCCUUUUUUUUUAAUUGACUGCCCAGCGUAGAGUCCAGCCCUUUUUUUUUAAUCGGCUACCCAGCGUAGAAUCCAGCCUUUUUUUUAUUGGCUGCCCAGAGUCGAGUCCAGGCCUUUUUUUUUUAUUGGCUGCC